AUGGCUGACAGCGAGUCUGCCGCUGCGCCCAAUUGGCGUAUCCCCAAGGCUUGCCAAGAGUGUCGACAGCGCAAGAUCAAAUGCAAUGGCGAGAACCCAUGCAAGACAUGCCAGGUACGCCGAACGCCAUGCAUCUACCGGGAAGUCAUCCGUCAGCGCCGGAAGAAGAAUCACGAUCUAGGACAGAGUAGUCACCCCGCUAGGGAAAGACUACGGCUCGAUGCAUCGUCUCGGCCCGAGCCCAUGCACUGCCAGGCCCACCGGGAAGAGCCUCCGCUUAGCUUCAAUAACAGUGUCUCGGCUACGCAUAUGACGUCCCCCUUGAAUAAGGUCCAACUUUAUUAUGGAUCGACAUCUCAUUUCGCGCUUAUGCAUGAGAUCUACCGAGACCUCACAGCUCAUCAAACUGGCCAGAGCGACCAUGGACCGCACGGCCGGGUCGAAGAAGCUGGGGCCGGACUGGAUAUGCUCAGUUUCCGGACUAUUUUCUUUGGUAUCCCUGCCCAUCCGCAUAAGGAUUCAUCGAGGGGGCCUAAUGGCGCGGACCCGCAUAUCAUGUUCCUGUCUUAUGACAUGGCACGCAGGUUUCUUGAUGCGUUUCUGUCGACGCUUUAUGGCCUCUUGCCUAUCUGGCCGGCUGAGCAGUUUGCGCGUCGUCUUGGGCAUGUAUAUGGACCACAGCCGCCCUCUCGUACGGAUAAACAUCAGAGUAUCCUUAUCAUGGCGCUGGCGCUGGGCUCACUGAUCACCGAGGAUAAUCGUACCUGGGGCGACGUUUUGUAUGAGCAGGUCAAGGCGUCCUGCAGUCCUUUUGAUGAUACUAACGAGGUUGGAAGGCCAAAUGCAUGCUUUCUCCAUCUUGGAACUGCCGCGCGAAAGGCAAUUUCUGGUGGUUUGCAUAAAGAGUCGCCCCAUGACAGCGGGGAGACCUGGGAGAUUACAGAGGAGAGACGACGGACGUUUUGGUAUCUUUAUAUAUAUGAGAACUGGAUAUGCUUUCAUCUCGGGCGGCCGAGCUCACUAUCGCGGAGGGACGUUGGAAUUCCGAUUCCGGAGGACCCGUUUUGUCAGGCAUUGAUUUUUCUGUCUGAUGCGAUUUGUCGCUCCGCAGAUGAACUGUACGGGCGACAUCAUGAGUCGUUACUGCAGAUGUGGAGAAUUGCAAAGUCGAUAUGGGACGAUUUGAGGACAUUCGACUCCAAAAUGCAACGUGCACUUGGAUUUGGGCUUGAUAAGCGGCCUCAGCCCGGUGGUGUCGGGGUGCAGCAGACUAUGUGCAUUACUCUUUAUUAUCAUACCAUUCUCCUUACAUUCCGACCCUUCCUUAUAUUCCGUGGUCGCUGGAACCAGGAUAUUAGGGCAGGCCAGGAUCCAGAUAAAGGGCAUACGAAGCGCGAGAUACCACCUUGGUUGAAUGAGGCAUGCGGGUAUGCCCUCAGUGCUGCGUGCCGGACCAUUCAUUUUCUAUGCGAGUCAUAUACAGCCAACGACCUAGUCAAGGGCAUUCGAUACCACGGUUUCUUCUUGACAAGCUCCUCCGCUGCUGUCGUAUUCGACCUGAUGCACGGGAAGGAUCUUGUCUCAUCCCAUCUCCCUUGGGCCCACGCAACCUUGAGAGCUCUCACGAGCAUGAAGCAGUCUGACGCAGUUGAAGCUUCUAUCCUCGCUCUCCAAACUAUUCUCAAACAACUCAAUCCUGCCUACGAAUGGGUCCCUGAGGCGGAGCAGUCCAAUACCUCUACCACGCAGAGUGCGGCGCCAGCAACUACCAGGCCACCGUCAUACACUGUGCCUACCUCCCGAGAACCUUCAAACAUGCCACUACUACCUAAUGCCACCGUUAAUACCACCCUCCCUGUACCUCCUAAAUCGGAGCCGCUGCUCUACGACUUCCAAGGGAAUCCGCUAGAACAGAGCAUGGACAUGCCAGCCACCACUGGGACUUCAGGCAGCGGCGAGGACCUCCUCGAUUUCACCUUGUCGGAUAUGGGCUGGGACUUUGAUUUUUCGACUAUGGAUCUCGAGACGUUCUUUUCUGUUAGUCCGGCUUUUGAUGCGCAGGGGGUAUGA